UGGGGAGGAGGGAACCGCCUGAUAUUCGUGUACUCUUCAACGGCACUGGGCUUUAAUUGAAUAAUUACCUGAACAAAACAAAAACACCGAGUUAAAUACAACACAUGUGUGUCAGUUAAUGUAUUAUAGUCAGUGUAACGGACUUAGGUUGAGGAUAACGACUGAUAACUAUGCAUAAAUGGAUGUAUAUUGAUGCUCGGAAGAUAUAAGAAGAAACACUACCAUCGAGUGGUGACGCGGCAGACGAGCACUUCCCGUGACGCAGAGAAACGCGGUAAAACGAUAUUCCGGUUUGUAGAAGGAGGACAGCAGCAGCAGCAGCAUGGCAUCCGACACAAGCACCAUGGCUAACGUUAACGGACGAGAGACCGUCUCCCUGAACGGGGAGCCGGUCGUUAAGCGGCCACGAGAGAGCGUCUCGCAGGACACUUCCCUCCGCGUGCCGAAGGAGCCCCAUAACAAAGUGACCGUUGUGCUCGGAGCGCAGUGGGGCGACGAGGGCAAAGGGAAAGUUGUGGACUUGCUCGCAAUGGAUGCGGAUAUUGUAUGCAGGUGCCAGGGAGGCAACAAUGCAGGUCACACUGUGGUGGUGGACUCAGUGGAGUACGACUUCCACCUGCUGCCUAGUGGAGUGCUCAACAAGAAGGCUCUCUCCUUCAUUGGCAAUGGAGUGGUGAUCCACCUACCAGGUCUGUUUGAGGAGGCUCAUAAGAACCUGCAGAAAGGCAAAGGAUUACAAGGAUGGGAGAAGAGAUUAAAGAUUUCUGAUCGUGCCCACCUUGUGUUCAACUUCCAUCAAGCUGUUGAUGGAAUCCAGGAGCAGCAGCGGCAGCAACAAGAAGGGAAAAAUUUGGGAACCACUAAAAAGGGUAUCGGUCCAGCCUACUCCUCCAAAGCGGCUCGGAACGGUCUGCGAGUCUGUGACCUUGUCUCAGAUUUCAAGGUUUUUGAGGACAAGUUUCGCAUGUUGGCAGAACAUUUCCUGACGAUGUAUCCAAAACUUAAUGUGGACAUCAACGGUGAACUGGAGCAGCUGAAGGGAUAUGCAGAGAGACUGCGUCCUCUGGUGACUGAUGGGGUGUACUUCAUGCACAAAGCUCUUAAUGGUCCCACUAAGAAAAUCCUGGUGGAGGGAGCCAAUGCUGCUCUGCUGGAUAUUGACUUUGGGACGUAUCCUUUUGUGACGUCUUCUAACUGCACUGUGGGAGGAGUGUGCACCGGUCUCGGUGUGCCACCAUCAUACGUUGGCCGAGUAUACGGUGUCGUCAAAGCGUACACCACCCGGGUGGGCGUUGGUGCUUUUCCAACAGAGCAGGACAAUGAGACUGGAGAACUGUUACAGUCCAGAGGGAGAGAGGUCGGUGUGACGACGGGCAGAAAGAGGCGUUGUGGUUGGCUGGACCUGAUUUUGGUCAGAUACGCUCACAUGGUUAAUGGAUUCUCUGCAAUUGCCCUGACAAAGCUGGACAUUUUGGACACGCUUGCUGAUAUUAAAGUGGGCGUGGCCUAUAAGGUGGAUGGACAGUCUCUACCAAGUUUCCCUGCAAACAUGGACGUCUUGACGCGAGUGUCAGUGGACUACGAGACGUUGCCCGGCUGGUGCUGCAGCACCGAGGCAGCUCGGAGCUUCGAGGAGCUGCCGUCAAAUGCACAAAGUUACAUUCGCUUCAUCGAGAACUUCCUGCAAGUGCCAGUGAAGUGGGUUGGAGUUGGCAAGUCCAGAGAGAGCAUGGUCAAACUGUUUUGAUCCUUCUGCAGACCUGUAGUCCUCCUCAACAGCUCAGAUAACACUUUCAGGUUUUGAUAGGAAUACCAGAGGAGUUUAAAAUGCAAAAGUCUCCUAAAGGAAAUACGUCACCAGCAAGGCUAUUUGGGAAACUUUUAGUUGCUGCUUGUGCAUCACAUUUUCAAUAAUUCCUCUUAGAUAUAAUUUAUGUAUUCCACAUAAUGUCCUCUAUAUUUAUUAGGGUGUUCAUUUUUAAAACUUGGUGUGAAUGGAUCGAUCAUUCUUUGUGCAGUUCUUUUCUUUUUAAGCAUCUGAAGCUAAUUAACCUUAAUUGAUAUCUGUUGUUCAUGUUUUUGUUUUUUUACAUAUAGUUGGAGAGCCAUUGAUGAACAGAUGUAAAAGCCUUCGUAUUAAAGGGCACAACACAAUAAAAUGAGAAUUUUCAGGCUUUGUAAUGAAAUGGAGAAAUGAUUGACAGCCAUUGUGCGAUCAGUCUGAUUUUGAAUUUUUCUAUUGAACAAUUUUAAAAAACAUGAAUGCAUCUCAGUUGUUAAGUUUGUAACAAUGUUUUCAUAAUGAUUGUUGGAAUGAACAUAGUGCUUUUUAAAUCUUCCACAAAAUGGAUAAAUCCACACAGCAUUUGGAUAGAUGUUGUCUUCAUAAUGAUUGAGGGGAAAGGAAGUCCACAAGGACACUGGGUGGUCUUUCAGGUGUUUGUGUAACUAAAGAAAAUGGGCAGUAUUGUACCAGAGUAUCUCAAUAUGUUUCUUACGCCAUUUCAUUCACUGGCAAUAAUGUUAGUCUUAUUCAGCUUGCGGUUAUCAAUAAAAGGAAACUUAACAUUUA